AUGAGUGUCCAACAACCCCUCAGAUCGCUCACACGGCGAGCUCCUGGGUCGCAAUGUCUUUCAUUGCAACCCCGAGCUCAUCAACACAAGCCACGGUUAUGGCAGCAGACGUCCGAACGAUCGAUGGCCACAGCAGUAGGCGGAGCGAUACCACCAGUCACCCAGAACUCGCUCAGCAAGAAUGGUCCGACUGCAAUGGUCUUCAUGAACAUGGGCGGACCAUCAACGACUGAUGAAGUGAGCGGCUUUCUCUCGCGUCUGUUUGCUGACGCCGACCUCAUCCCCCUUGGACCACUACAGAACUACUUGGGACCAUUGAUCAGCAGACGGAGAACGCCGAAGAUCAAGAAGCAAUAUGCAGAUAUUGGCGGUGGUAGCCCGAUUCGCAAGUGGAGCGAGUACCAGGCAGAGGAAAUGUGCAAGAUUUUGGACAAGACGAAUCCCGAAAGUGCGCCACACAAGCCAUACGUCGCCUUCCGCUAUGCAAACCCUCUGACUGAAGAGAUGUACAACAAGUUGUUUGAAGAUGGCUUUGGAAAGGGAAGAGGUGGCCGUGCAGUCGCUUUCACACAAUACCCGCAGUACUCGUGCAGCACAACUGGCAGCUCUCUGAACGAGUUAUGGAAGUGGAGGCAACGAUUGGAAUCUCCCACUCGAAAUGCUGAUGCGCCAGAGGAAGGCUCUAUCCAGUGGAGCGUCAUCGAUCGCUGGCCAACACAACCUGGCUUGGUCGCUGCGUUCGCCGAGAACAUCACGAAAACACUCGAGACGUACCCCGAAGACAUUCGGGAUUCAGUUGUCAUUCUGUACAGCGCACACAGUUUGCCUAUGAGCGUGGUCAACCGCGGAGAUCCUUACCCGGCAGAAGUCGCUGCAACAGUAUGGGCAGUGCAACAGAAGCUCGGUCACCGCAACCCAUACCGUCUGGUCUGGCAGUCGCAAGUCGGUCCAUCGGCAUGGCUUGGAACUCAAACUGCCGACGCUGUACCAAACUUGAUCAAGAAGGGUCAGAAGGACAUUGUCCUUGUGCCGAUCGCCUUCACGUCUGAUCACAUCGAAACGCUGUACGAGAUCGACCAGGAAGUCAUCCACGAAGCGAACGAAGCUGGUGCUGACGGUCGAGUACGCAGAGCAGAGUCCUUGAACGGCAGUCCAACGUUCAUCUCAGCACUUGCCGAUCUUGCAGGCAACCACUUGAAAGCUGGUGAGAUCUGCAGCAGGCAGAUGGGUCUCAGAUGUCCUGGGUGUACGAGUGAGCGAUGCAUGGAGCAAAAGCGAUUCUUCAUGAGCGGCGGGAAGCAGGACAAUGCCGCUGUGACUUUGUAA